AUGCUGUUCGUAGUGAUAGUGAUUUUAAUUGCCUUGUUGUAUUAUUCGUCAAAGAGAAAUUUGAAUUAUUGGGAGCGCAUGGGGAUACCUGGACCCAAACCGUAUCCCAUCAUAGGGAACAUGGGUGACAUUUUCAUUGGAAAGCGUGGAGCAGAGGAAAUUUACGCCGAUAUUUAUAGGAAAUAUGAAGGCUAUCCUUUUGUUGGAGUAUACAAAGCUGGUAUACCAGUUCUACUCGUCAGAGACCCGGAUCUCAUCAAGAAUAUAGUACAGAAGGACUUCAACAUAUUCCACGAAAACGAUAUAUUCGUUGAUAAACAAAUCGACCCCAUAUUCGGCAGGAAUCCUUUCGCAGUGAAAGGAGCAGAAUGGAAGAAUAUCAGAUCCCAGAUGACUAGUUGCUUCACUUCUGGAAAGAUGAAAGGAUUAUUUCCCGUGCUAGAGAAAAACGUGGAAAGGAUGAUGUCGUACUUGGACAAUCAGAUGAAAACGAGCACCUGUUUCGAAGCCAAGGAAAUAUUCGUCAGGCUCAUGUUGGACAAUGUUGCCGCUUGUGCUUUGGGCAUCCAAGGAAAAUGCUUCGACGAACCCUAUUCUGAAGUCAGGAAGAUGGCGGAUCACUUCUUCUUCUCGAAGGGUAUAACGAGUUUGAAGUUCAUCAUCAUCUUCAACUUACCACCAUUAUCGAAAUUUCUGAGGCUCAAAGUUGUCUCUCGCGAUGUGGAAGAUAAGCUACUGGAUAUAGUUAAAACUACAUUGCAGUAUAGGAAGGAGAAUAAUAUAGUCAUCAAUGAUAUACUGGAUUCUAUUGCACAAAUAAGUGCGACUCAAAAUGUCACCGAACUAGAUAUAACUUCACAUAUUGCCACUUUCUUCACGAAUGCCUUCGAGACAAGUUCACUGACGAUGUCAUUCCUGAUCUAUGAAUUAGCACAAAAUCCAAAGAUACAGGAGAAACUGAGGCAAGAAAUCAACGAAUCCUACGAGAAGAACAACAAAAGCUUUUCAUAUGAAUCUAUACAGGACAUGGAAUAUCUAGAUGCCUGUUUUCGUGAAAACCUGAGGAAACACGCUACUGUACCGCUGAUGCCUAAGAUCUGCACCGAGACAUACAAAUACGUGCCUACCAAUCCAGAUUUCAAACCGAUCGAACUCACCUUGGAGCCUGGUACAUCAAUAAUCAUCCCAUCCACAGCGAUCCACCAUGAUCCCAAAUACUACGAAAAUCCAGAUGAUUUUGUGCCGGAGAGAUUCUUAGGAAAGGAGAACAUCAACAAAUUCACGUAUUUGGCUUUUGGUGGUGGACCAAGAAUGUGCAUAGGUACUCGUUUCGCUCUUUCCCAAAUCAAAAUCGGAGUCGCUCAUCUGAUCAAGAACUACGAAUUCACAGUGAACCCCAAAGCCAAGAUCCCAGUCAAAUACGACCCCUUCUACUUCCUAUUAACAGCCAGCGGGGGACUGUGGGUGGAUGUCCGCAAAAUCAACCAAUAGGAAGACGCAUGCUUCAGGGUAGUCCAGUACUACAGUCUCAUCGAUUUGCGAGUACUGAAUUCAUCUUUCGUACGUCAUGUCUCCUAAGCUUUCGAUAUAUCACGAAAAGUCGCAGUCGAUGUCUCCAAUUUAGAUACUUACCAGUUCAAGAGCGGGCUGCAAAUUUCGACCGUCAUCUGACAACGAAAUGA